GCGGACUAUUCACGCAGCAUCGACCGUUGGACCCACAUUUGACACACAUAUAUAUAUAUAUACAUAUACGCACACAUAAAUAUAUAUAUAUAUAUACGCGUGUCUUCGAACGCGCGUACACGCUCGAAUUCACACACACACACGCACGCGCGGCUGCGCGCGUGUAUUUAAUUUAACCCUUUUCGCGCGUAAAAAUAAAUAACAAGUGUAUAUACAACUCGUGAAUAUUGUGGGUACGAGUGUUGGAUAAGGAUUGGUUGAUUUUUUUUUUUUUUUUGCGAAGGGGAGGAAGAUGAUUGUGAUCCGAUGGUGAGUCGAAGAAGUGAUUGUAGUACAUGUGCGAAAGAGGAAUUUUUUAGAAUCCAAAUUCGAUGAAUUCGAGUAUUGGGAGGGGGGAGAAUUGAGGAAGAAAGGAGAUUGUAUCGAGAGGAAAAUAAGAUUAUCGAUUGGGAGAGAAGGAAAAAGAAUUGUGAAGAACAAGAGAAAAUCCAUCGAGAGGAAUUUGUGAACUAAAGUGUACAAAAUUCAUUGAAGAGAAAAGAAGAUAUCGAAGAAAAAAAUUGUGAACAAGAGAGACAACAGUGUGAAGAUAAAGUGCAAAAGUUAGGAGAGCUUUAUCCUAUUUGAGUUUCUAAACGAUUCAAGACAUUGAUAAAAGAAAAGGAAUUAGGGUUUAAUUUUUUUUACUUGGAUUUACUUGUCCAGAAGAAAUUAGAAAUUGAAAUAAUAUUGAGGCCGAUACGCGAAGGUGGAAAGGAUUGUUGGUUAUUUUCCUCGAAGAAGAACGACGUCGUUUUCGUCGGUGAACAGAAAUGGCAUCGGCGGCAGCGGAAUUGGUGGUGGAGAGGGAAUUGGAAUCGAGAAUCGAGAUGGCGGAUACGAAUCGAACGUUCGUAGGUGCCCAAGGGCUGGUCAAGAUGGCGUUGGAUCAGUACACGGAAAUCCUCACUACGGCUUCCGAUCCGCGGGUCAGUGAUUGGCCCUUGAUGGACUCGCCGAUACCAACGUUUCUCAUCGUCCUUCUCUAUUUGUAUGGAGUGACGAUACUGGGUCCACGCGUAAUGGCGAAUAGGAAACCGUUCAAGCUGAGGGGGACCUUGGUCGCGUACAAUGCGUUCCAAGUGAUCUUCUCAUUGGGAAUGCUCUACGAGCACUUGAUGUCCGGUUGGUUAUUAGACUACAGUUACAAGUGUCAACCGGUCGAUUAUUCCCAUAAUCCGUCCGCGCUACGAAUGGCUAAUUUAUGUUGGUGGUACUUCAUCAGCAAAUUCACAGAAUUCGCUGACACGAUAUUUUUUGUUUUGCGCAAGAAGGAGAGUCAGGUGACAUUUUUGCAUCUGUAUCAUCACUCACUGACUCCUCUAGAGACAUGGAUCUGCGUGAAAUUUAUUCCUGGGGGACAUGGUACUUUGGGAAAUCUUAUAAAUAACGCGGUGCAUGUGAUAAUGUACCUCUAUUAUAUGGUAUCCGCUAUGGGACCGGAAUAUCAAAAAUACUUAUGGUGGAAAAAACAUCUCACUACUGUACAAUUGGUACAAUUCUUUCUGGUGUUCGUACACAGCGCCCAAGCUUUGAUAUUCGAUUGCGGCUAUCCAAAACUGGUAGCGGCACUUUUACUGCUUCAUUCAACAAUCUUCUUCAUCCUCUUCUCAGAUUUCUAUCGACGAGCGUACAAUAACGACAGAACGAUGAAGGAACUGAAGAACGAUUAAACACGAUGGACAUUAUUAUCCCAAAUUUAUCUCCGAUACGUUCCAACACAUCGAUCUUUUGGUCACGUAUGUAUGUUCGAUUAUCACGAAUCGAUUAUAAAAAAAAAUUUUCAAAUUUUUGUGAAUUAUUAUUUAAUUAUUGUUAAAAUUUUAUAUCCUCAAAAAA